AUGAAUUGUAAGCUUCUUAUCUUUCUAGGGCUUAUAUACGUUCUUGUUUGUGUAAUUGGUGAAACUUAUGCUAUAAGAAAUGAUCGUUUCACCACUAAGGAUUUAGGUGAUGUUGGUGUGUAUGGUGGUGGUCCGGGAAUGGGUGGCGGAAUUCCCGGUAUAGGUGGUCUUCCUCCUCCCGGUGUCGGAGGUGUACCACCGGGUGGCGUACCACCAGGCGGUGUAGUUGGGGGAGGUCAAGGUGGCAUAGGGGGAAUGGUUCCAGGUGGUGGUUUAGGUCAAGGUGGGCCAGGUUUUGGUAUGGGCCAAGGUGGACCGGGUUUUGGUAUGGGCCAAGGUGGGCCUGGUGGUGGCAUGGGCAUGGGUGGUGUUCCUGGAGGUGUUGUGGGCGGACAACCGGGCUUUGGCAUGGGCUCGGGUAUUGGAGCUGGUAUUGGAGCUGGUUCUAGGAUGGGUGGUGGCGGCCUUGGUGGACCCAUCGGGGGGUCCACCGGUAUUGGAGCCGGAGUAGGUGCUGGAAUGGGCGGGAGCAUGGGAGGUUUGCCUGGUAUACCUGGUGUUGGAUCGAGUUCGGGUAUUGGUGUUGGAGCUGGGGCUGGGGCAGGCUCUGGUGUAGGUCCUAACCCUGGAGGAAACUAG